CGAAUGUUGGUCGUGAUCGUUCAUUGGACGAUUUCAUCGGGUCGGGUCGUCACAGCGGUUGGUCGUCAAAGCGGUUGAACGAAAGAGCUCCUCAUCGUCAUCAUUUCGCACAGUCAGCGUUGCCCAUGCACGUUUUUCCUCAACAGUUUAAUACCGCGAGAUUCAUUUUGGAAUUUCUUAAACUUUAUCAAGUGUUAAAAUUAGAAUCAAUGAUCAACCUUAAAAAAGCACCAUUGGGUCAUGCCCGUUCGCCCUCGUUGGUUGUUUGUUUGCAUUCUACAUGUUCGGCGA